AAGGAUUGGCUGGCAGUGUGGUAUUUUGGUUUGGAAUCACUGGCUCCUCCCCAUCUGCAUGCGUGGGGAAGGGCAUCGCCUUUCGGGCCUGUGGCAAGGAGGCAAGAGAUCCCAGCCAGAAUCAAGGUGUUUCCUUUGACACGGAUGGCAGCCCUGUUGGACAGAGAUGGGAGAGGGUUCCACAUCCUCACUCCUGUGCUGGAAAGCACGGCCCUGUCCAAGGCUGCAGGCACAAGGGUCUACAUGAAACUGGAGAAUGUCCAACCUACCGGCUCGUUCAAGAUUCGGGGGAUUGGCUACUUCUGUCAGGAGGCUGCCAAGAAGGGCUGCAAACAUUUUGUUUGUUCGACAGGGGGGAAUGCUGGCUUCGCCACGGCCUACGCUGCCAGGAAGCUGGGGGUCCCCGCCACCAUCAUAGUGCCAACGAGCACCCCCCAGGCCACAGUGCAGAAGUUGGAAGAGCAGGGGGGGGAGGUCUUUGGGAAGGUCUGGGACGAUGCCCACGUCCAAGCCCUGGCGUUAGCGGAGACUGAAGGCUGGGUCAGCGUCCAUCCCUUCGACCAUCCUUUGAUCUGGCAAGGCCAUGCCAGCAUGGUCAGGGAGCUGAAGGAUUUGCUAGGCCACAAGCCGGGAGCCAUCGUCCUGGCGGUGGGCGGUGGAGGGCUGCUGGCUGGAGUGGUGGCCGGCCUGCAGGACGUGGGCUGGCAGGAUGUACCCAUCGUUGCUGUGGAAACCAAAGGAGCUGACAGCUUCAAUGCAGCGCUCAGGGCUGGGAGAUUGGUCACCCUGCCAGAGAUAACCAGCGUGGCCAAAUGCUUAGGAGCCAAGACGGUGUCUGCCCGGGCACUGGAGUGUGCCAGCGAAUGCCAGGUCAUCUCCCAGCUGGUGGAGGACGUGGAAGCAGUUCAAGCCGUGGAGCUGUUCCUGGAUGAUGAGCGGAUGCUGGUCCAGCCUGCCUGUGGAGCCCCUCUGGCCUUACUCUACACGGGUCGUGUUCAACAGCUGCAGCGGGAAGGGCACUUGAACCCAGACCUGGACUCCAUUGUCAUCAUCGUGUGCGGAGGGAGCAGCAUCCAAAUGGCUGGGCUCCAGGCUCUGAAAACCCAGCUGGGCAUGAAAUGACUGCAGAUGCCGACCCCAGGACGGCUCACGGGGCAGGGGCGCAUGGGAUCCCAUGCAGACACGAAUAAAUCAUAUCAUGGGGUUAUUGUAAGUGGAAUCUAAUGGUAUUCAAACCAGUUUAUAGAAUAAAUACCAAGCUACUCUGGGAUCUUGAGCUCACUA